AUGACAGCGCCCGACAGCGAAAACUACCAAAUCUUCCGCGACUGCGUCUCGAGCGCAAUCGUCGCGAAAUUCUCUCCGACACCUCGAACCAAGAAAGCGCGACGUCCGCGCACCACCCCGCGCCAAAAGACCAGCAGUCGAGCAGACCCGAAACCAGAGUCAGAACAGGUCCAGCAAAAUGAAUUCACCAGAACAGAUCCAGAAGACCUGGCCGACUUUAUCGACUUCAUAGCCACAGAAACCUUCCCAUCACUCCAACCACCAACACUCCAAACCCUCACCUACGACCCCAACACCGACUUCACAAGCGACAAAGAAUACAGUCCACAACACCUCGCCGAAAGGACCUCGCAUACCCUACCCGCCUCCAUCACAGAUACCCUAACGGCGUACGCGGUCAUUGAAUCCGCAUCUGACAUUCCCUAUUUCCUCGCGCCGAUACUAGGCGAGUACGUAGCGUCGGUGACGAAGCCACCGCCGGUGUGGGCGACUACGCGCACGGAUGCGUGCGAGAUCUGUGAGCGGGAUUGGAUUCCGCUGUCGUAUCAUCAUUUAAUUCCGAGGAGUGUGCAUGCCAAGGUGGUCAAGAAGGGGUGGCAUGAGGAGUGGAGGUUGAAUAGUGUGGCGUGGUUGUGUCGUGCGUGUCAUAGUUUUGUGCAUCGCAUGGCGAGUAAUGAGGAGUUGGCGAGGGAGUGGUUCACUGUUGAGAGGAUUUGUGAGAGGGAGGAUGUGAUGGAUUGGGCGAGGUGGGUGGGGAGGGUGAGGUGGAAGGCUAGGUAG